AUGGAAAACCUUGUACGUGUGGUAGAAGAUAAUCAAGAUGUUGGAUAUGGUGGCUAUCCUGGACAAUUGUUAAAAAGUCACUCCGAACAGCGUAUUGCUAUUGUUGUAGUCAUAAUGGGACACAAAGGUAUUGGUAAAUACCAGAAAGCUAUGCUCAGUAUAUCGUGCUAUGCAAAAGUACAAGGCUACGAUUUCCGCGUUCUCAACACGAGCCAUUAUACAGACAGAUGCCAGCAAAAGAAUGGCACUGCAUGGGCUCGUGAUAACUGGAUAACAAAUAGUCUAUGGAGUUUAAAAAGAGAUUUUAUGAUACAUGGCUGGAAAGAAAAUCAGCUGAGGACGUAUCACUCUAUACCUGUGCCGAUUGCUUCAAAAUCUACGGCCGCUUGGUAUAACCCACUAGGAGGAUCCAUCAAUAUGUCCUUAUGUACACCAGGGAACACGUCAUGGCUUUACGAUAGAAAUUUAUUGAUCGCUAAGAAUGAUAUAGAUCGUCGAUUACAAUAUAUUGCCAAGGAUGCGGAAAAGCGUAAAGCGGCAGUGCUCCGUACAUUGCAAAGUUUGAGAAAUGCAAGUGACAAAUAG